ACGUGCAGGUUUGUUGCCGUUGAAGAACUUCCUGCCGCCGGCUCUGUGCACCUUGUAGAUCUUGGAAGGGUCGUGCCUGAACAAAAUGUCAAGAGCUUACAUGGCAGUGACGACCUUGUUGAGCAGCUUUUCAUCACCGGUGUUCACUUUUUCGCCAUUUCCACAGCAGAAGUCCUCCAGGAUGGACAGGUCAACCUCAUUGACUUUGCGGAUCUGUACGUUGAACUUGUUUUGGCCCUUAGACUUGCGGCCUGGGGAAGUAGGUAGCUCAACUUCGAGGGUGAAGUUGAUCAAUGAUAGGGGUUAGGUUAUAUACGCAUUCUUGCGUCCAUCAAAAGCAAAGGAGGCGGCGACCU